CCAUCCGACUCAUUAAGCAUUUGUCAUUGCUUGUUACCUGUAGACUUUCCGUUAACUUCGAUAUAUAAUCCUAGCUAUUCAACAUCACUGACCCAGGCAUCAAAUCAUAUAUUCCCAUCAUGUUUACUGGAAUUGUUGAAGAAGUGGGAGUUGUCUCCAACCUCAACACCAAUGACUCAACAGGAGGCACCUCUCUGACCAUUUCCAUUCCUUCUGGCUCAAAGCUCCUCUCAGACUGCCAUGACGGCGACUCCAUUUCUGUCAACGGCGUCUGCCUUACAGUCACAUCCUUCACCCCCGAGGCUUUCACCAUUGGCGUUGCCCCCGAAACUCUACGCAUCACCAACUUAGGCGAUCUCAAGGAGGGCAGUAACGUCAACCUUGAGCGUGCUGUUCGGGCUGAUACCCGCAUGGGCGGCCACUUUGUUCAGGGUCAUGUCGACACUACUGCCGAGAUCCUCUCUGUUGAGAAGGAUGGCAAUGCCUUGACCUUCCGGUUCCAACCAGCCCGCAAGGAUAUGCUGCGGUACAUUGUGUACAAGGGUUUUAUCGCCAUCGAUGGCACAAGCUUGACUGUCACCAAGGUCAACGAUGAUGAAGCAUGGUGGGAGGUUAUGCUGAUUGCGUACACCCAAGAGAGGGUUGUCGUGGCGCAGAAGAAGAAGGGUGACACUGUCAAUGUUGAGGUUGAUAUGAUGGCCAAGUAUGCAGAGAAGUCUUUGGGCGGUGUUGUUGGCUCGGAACCUGGAGCUGCUGCCUCGUUUCCCUUUAUUGAGAAGAUCGUUGAGAGAAUCGUGGCCCAGGGAUUCGGCGGAAAGCCAUGAGGUUAAUAGAUUUCAUCAUUAAAGGUUUAGGUUCGUAUUUCUCAUAAUCCUGGGUAUCACUAUGCUCAUGGAUCCUACCAGCUUGAUACCACCAACGCUUUAAUACAAAUGCCUUGAAAUACCGACCAUUCCAUCCUGUUGACACCGUCUGCAUUUCAGUAUAAUCGGAAUAUCCCUCCUUUCCCAAUAUCCGUACACGUUCGUCUCCUCGCACGUAUACAAAACUAUCAUGCAUCACCCCAGACUUCUGCAAUUUUGGUGCUCAAAGACUUGGUAAACUUCUUUCGUCCGACAAGAUGACUUGUCUGACUAAAGACCAGCUCGCGUUUGCGUUUCAGCCCCUGUUCGCCACUUCCGCAGGCCUCAAAACCCUUGACAAAAUCAUACGGAGUUUUCCAACGCUUCUGAAUCUCGAGCGCUCUUUCUCCCGUGACGCCCUUGGUGGUCAUAAGCAUUUUCAAAAAUACGUCUCGCAGAGUUAUAGACUCUGACUUGGAUGCAAGUGACGAAAAGGCGGGAUAAGUGAUAUACCAGUCUGGAGAUAUAGAUUCUCUCAGGUGUUUUAGCAGAGGAAGAUAAUUCUGAGAUGUAAGAAUUUUGGUAGGAAUGACGUUGAGUGGUUUGCUCUCGUAUGUCCGCUUCAGCAUCGCUGUCAUGCGAGCAAGAUACCUGACUGUGUCGUCCAUUUUUGCCGUCCUCUUCACAAAGUAGCCAUUGACUACUUGUGUGGAGGCAAUGGCUGACCGGACGGCUUCGGUAUAUCUAGAUGUUACUUCCGGGUCCAUGGAGAUCUCUUCGAUGAUGUAAAUAACUUUCCUCACACCUGAUCGCUGCAGGCGAAACUUUUGCUCGUGGAAUCUGCCAUCCUUGAUACUCCCAAUCAGGUCAUCAAGGCGUUUCCUUUCAACAAUCCAGUCCAAAAUGACCUCAUCGCCCUCGGCACCUUGUGAUACGAGCAGAUUUGGAUCAUGGCAUUUUGCGAUCCACUGGGCAUCUCCAAGUUCCAUACUGCGCAUGAUGGGUUUUGCGCCCAGUUUUGCUAGCUCCUCUUGCAUGUAAUCGCGAUCAGUCUUCGCUCUGACCUCGCGAACGUCUAGCACUAAGUUAACAGUAAAGGAUCCCGGAGGUAGUCGGAUUGGUGUAAAAUUUGGCAAUGAAUUGUCGUCCGACACUGUUGGGCCAUCAGACACAACGUUUUGGUAUUCUGAAGGCGCUUUCGCAGGUUCGAAAAUUUCAAUCGAAGGCGACCUAGGCCUAUGAUUGGAUUCUGGUUGACAAUCUGGAUUAACAGGCUGUGCUGAAGUCGGGUCUUUAGCUCUUCCAUUCUCGGCCUGCCAGUGCUCCGUGUCUUUUAUACGUUUUGCAACUUCCCAUCCUUCAUCAGUUAAGGCGUAUCUCCGUAGAGGUCGUCCUCUUUCGUACACCAAUUCCUUCUGCAGCAAAGUUUUCAUCGAGUUCCAGGCAGUGUAAAAUUUGGUAGGGUCGCUAGGAGCCGAGAAAGAUGAGUCGCAAUGCAGUUGUGCAACUUCGAUGAGUUCCGCCUUUGUCAUUCCAACAGAAGAGUCUUCAUCCAAUGUAGAAAGGCCAACUACUAAGGCAAAGGCUCCAGAGCGUAAAGCAGGAACAUAUGCUUUAGGCUUCCGUGCCUUUUUGGCAGGCUUUGAAGAGCUCUCGCCAUUGUCGACUCCAGCAACUGGUAUCACCUUACGAGACCUGGGGUGUGGGGGCAUAGGCAGGCCAUUUUGUUCGCAGUGUUUCUUUAAUUGCUGCUCAAGGCGUUCGCAGAGUUUGGGGCCGAAACCUUUGAGCUGCUGCAGCUGUGCAGGGUGUUCAAAGGUGAUUGGACAUGCUUUUAACGAAUUAUAAGCAGUUCUGUAAGUUGUAACACCUUUCGAAUUGCGUUCGCGCGCCAGAUCGAGCCAUUCUUUGACCCAAGCCAGCAGCUGCGGGUUGGCCGAAUCGGCAUCAUCCAUGUUGCCGUCACCCUUCAGCUGCACAACUGAAGGCCUCAAAAGGGACAAUUCUUUAGAUAUCCCAGAAUUUGGCAAUCAA